UCUCUCUCUCUCUGUUGUUCGAAAAAUCCAUCUCUCAUGUGUUGUAUUGUUACCAUAUAUCCCUUGGAGCUGCAUUACUCCUGUGAACUGUGAAGUGACCUCUGAUUGACUCAACAGUAGCUCCGGAAUCUACCUCUAGGAGGAAAAUGGCCCAACAGGAAGGUGGGUGGCCUCUUGGACUGCAGCCUUUGAAUGUGAGGGUUGGUCUCCUCAGGAAUCUUGACUUUUCUGGGUCUCUUUCCUUGAAUACCAUCAUCACUGAUGAUUCCCCAACCUCAUCCUCCUCUGCUUCUUCAUCAUCAGAUAUUGACACAGAGUCAACUGGGUCUUUCUUCCCAGACAGAAGCAUCACACUGGGCAACCUCAUUGGCAUUACCAACAUUCUUGAGCUCUCAAGAAGAUCACUAAGAAGAAGCAAAAAGAACCAGGAGAAAAACCCAAGGAGAAAAAAAACCCACAAGACCAAAACAUGGUUCUCUCUAUGCCCAAGAGCUCAUUUGAACCAUGAAACACCAUGCAGCAGCAUCAAUGCUCCAUCUCUUGGCCAUUUCCUUGAGGCUGAGAGGAGAGCAAGCAAUGUGCAGGGGAGUAAAAAGCAGAAGAAGAAGAAGAAGAAGAAGAAGAAGAGCUCAUCAAUGGUGUAUGAGAUAGAUGAACUAAUAAUCCCUGAGAGAGUAUCUUCCAUGGAGGAGGAGAGCUCUCUAUUCUCCAAUGGUGUUGUUGCUCCUCCUCCUCCUCCUCAUGUGGUUGAGGGAAAUGAAGGUGUGGUUUCAUCAAACACCAGUAGGGGUUUGAUUUAUGAGAAUGGGUAUUGUUUUGCUUUGAUGUUCCCUUGCUUGGGUGGGGUAGUGUCUAGCCAUUGAAAGAAGGAAAUGUUUUUUUUUUUCUUUCAUUCCUUUUAUUAUUAUUAUUAUUAUUUGAUGGUUUAGAUAGAAGAUUUGUAUUGUGGGUUAGCUUAAUUUGCUAGAUUAUAAGGAAUGUGGAUUAAUUUGACCAGUUUAUGUGAUUAGGUUAGGAUCACAAGCCAUGUAGUUAACAAGAAACUCUUAUUUUUUAUUUGUAGUGAUUAUAUGGGUGCUCCACAAGUUUUGUGGACUGUGGCCACUGGGCCUGCACUUGAACUAGGCCCAACAUAUC